AAUUAAAAUUUUUACAGUGUAUGAAAAAAAUUACUUUUUAACACUGUUAAUUUUUUCUUUUUGUCCGCUUUUAUAGCUUCUGACAGUUCCUGGACAAAACAAAACAGAACAAAAACAAACCAUCGUCAGCCGUGAAAAGUAAUUGGGACAUUGUUUCUGGGCAGGCAAAAUCUGGGGAAAAUGUCUAGGACAAAGGAUGAUGUUGGUCUAGUUAGCCCCAUAAAAAAACUGCGAUUUCGAGGUGAGUUAAAUUUUCAGAAUCGAAUUGAUGAAAUAUUCGAUGAUGAGCACAAACGUAGCACUGGGGGGAGCUAUGCUAAGGGAACUAAUACAAAACAAAACGAUGAGGACAAAGAGCACAGGAAAAAAGAAGAAUCACCAUCGUUCAUGGACUUCUUCAAGGUCGAAUUGACCCGAGGUUAUAUUUUGGAGCACGAUGAGGAGCGCUAUACAGCACGCCGUCAAAAAAUAUAUUCUUUCAUGCGUAUACCGCGGGACCUGGAACGUUUCAUCGUCUAUGGUAUAAUGCAAUGUGCUGAUUCCUUCCUGUACAUUCACACCUUCCUUCCUGUACGCUUUACUUUGGCUAUGUGGGGCCUAUUGUCACGUCCCAUUGCCAGUUGCUUGGGCUUGCGAAGGCGCACACAACGUUUAUUAACACCAGCGGAAAUCUGCGAUUUAUUGAAGGGUACAAUAUGGAUUGCAUGCACUCUCUUAAUGCUUUCUGUUGAUACGAAUCGCGUUUACCAUAUCAUUAAGUCUCAAUCUAUUAUAAAACUAUACAUUUUUUAUAAUAUGAUUGAGGUUGGGGAUCGUUUGUUAUCCGCUUUUGGUCAGGAUACUAUUGAUGCACUUUUUUGGACAGCAACUGAACCGAAAAAUUCAAAAAGAGAGCAUUUCGGGCUAGUUACGCAUAUUGUAUUUGCUCUUAUCUACGUGCUGCUGCACAGCUUCUUAAUUAUGUUUCAGGCGACUACUUUGAAUGUAGCUGUGAAUUCAAACAAUAAAGGGCUAUUGACAAUAAUGAUUUCCAACAAUUUCGUCGAGUUAAAAGGAUCAGUGUUUAAGAAAUUUGACAAAAAUAAUCUCUUUCAAUUGACAUGUAGUGAUGUUCGGGAACGUUUUCAUCUCGCAGUUUUGCUGUUCAUCGUAAUGAUACAAACAAUGAAAGAAUUCGACUGGAGUCUGAAUCAGUUUUGUGUAAUGGUGCCCGAUUGCAUUGCUGUUUUAGUCACUGAGGUAUUAAUCGACUGGAUUAAACAUGCUUUCAUUACUCGCUUCAACGAGAUACCCGAGUACAUUUAUCGAGAAUAUACUACCAGCUUAGCUUAUGACAUGACCCAAACUCGUCAAAAGCAUGCAUUUUCGGAUCAUUCAGACUUGGUGGCACGGCGUAUGGGUUUCAUUCCGUUUCCCCUGGGUGUGGUGUUGAUAAAAGCUAUCUAUUCGGCAGUAUCUUUCAAUAACUUCGCCGCGUGGAUACUUUUUGGAUUAGCUUACAUGUUCGUAUUGGGCCUGCGCAUUUGUUUGACUAUCUGUGCCUUAGGAAAAGCGUGUAAAUUAAUGAAAGAACAUCAAGAUGAAAAGAAUAAUUCAACUCCAAGCUCCGUAACAAAUGCUCCCACUGUUGGAAGUAGCAGUGCUUUUGGUAAUGUAAAUAGCGUGGGUAGCAUGGCUGGAUUCUCAACAUUAUCCAGCACUUCAGGUUCUUCACGAUCACGUGCAGAAACUGCAACAUCACCUACACUUCCGACGCAUAGUCUCCAGAGAUCGGUAACUGUAGAAAAAUGCGUCUUCGCGCCAACAUCAAACAAUUCGACCUCCACGCCAAAAAAUCUAAAAUUAAUAGAAAACCCCUCAGCAAUUGACUUAAAUCCAAAUGAUGUAGAGUUGGAUGUAAAGAAUUCACUUGAGUUAGGUGCAACCGCUCUGUUUUCUAACAGUGACGUAGACUUGGAUGAUGUGUGCCUUAAUGAGAAAGUAUUGGAUCAAAAUGCUAAUACUAAUGCUUUCGUCGAGGAGGAGUUGGCACGCAGUGAACCUGAACUUUUCCAACCUCAACAACGAGUUGACCGUCCAGCUGGUGAUGCUUCAUCAAAGGCUGGUACUCAGCUAGAACGUCCGUGUGGUGUGCCGAAACGUAUACAUAAACGCUCGGAGUCGGAGCCAAGCAUGCAAAGCAUUGUAGGCGUCAGCGAGAGUGAAUCGCUGGCGUAGUGUUGGUGCAGUUAGUUUAAUUGUUUAAACUUUCGUAUUGAAUAUGGUGAUGUCCUAUGCGUUGUAUUUAUUUUGGUUAUUUGUAUUAUCUUAAUUUUUAUGCUUAUUUGCUAAUUCAGUACGAAAAUAUUGGUUGCUAGUUUUAAUUUGCAGAUUACAUUUUUAAUAGUAAGAAAGAAAAAGACCAUUAGCAGUUAAAUAUUUUAAAAGUUUAUUGAUUUAUUAAAAACAACUUAAGUUAGUGCUUACAUUUUAUAUUUAUAUACAUAUGUAUAUUUGUAUUUAUUGGACUCGAAACGUUUCCCUUAACGAAAGAAGUGCUAACAAAAUUGAACACACGUUAUAGAGAUAUUUUGUGGAUAAAUGUACAUUUAUAUUAGCAAUGCCUUAAAAUUCUUAAAUAAGUUUUCUAUUCAAAAGAACAUAACUAUACAGCAACUUUUCGUCAAGGGAGGUGCCAAGGGUGGUACAUAUACACAUACAUACAUAUAACUAAAUUUAAUGGCCUUUAAUAAAUUGAAUUUUGAAAUCGGA